CAUGACCAGAAUAACCACCCAAGGCAGAUUCAGCGACUUGACAAUCUCCAUCGCAACUGAAGUUUUGCCGGAGCCGGAGCUCCCAGCAAUGCCAAUGAUGCUCAAGUCCUGCCAUGGCGGAGAGUACUUGACCUCCGGGAUAAGGGAAUAGAAUGGCGAUGUCGACUCCAUGUUCACCUUCAGAGGAGCCUCACACCAUGGCACCCGGACACAGAUUCUCGGGAAAUGGACCUUCGGACUUGACCCGGGUAUGGCGGUCGUUAUCUAGCGGUUUUGCUGAACUCGUCUCAUUUGCGAUCAAUUGGGCUUAGCGCGUGACCCGGGUUUCGCUUGUGGCUGACAUAAUCACUGAAGUCAUUUUCUUUCUUCCGCGUUUCCCAACUUCCUCUUUUCUUCUCACUUCUCUUCUCCAGGGCUUUUUCUCCCACCAAGCGUUCUGCCUUUCCUCCAUGGCUGUCGUCUCUCGGGCCGCCCUUCAGCUUGUCACAUAGCUGAUUUUCCUGCAAUUCCUACCACACGCUGGUAGUGUACAACUACACAAUGUCCUCCGCUAAUCUUAUGUCUCGUACCCCCUCAACUGCGACGCCAACAUGGCACCAGUUUGAGCGGAAGGUCGACGAGGUCAAGCCGUCCAAAACUGACAUCAAUUAUCUGGUCAUGGACUACCUCAUCACCAAUGGCUACCCUGCCGCUGCGAGUAAAUUUGCAGUCGAGGCCAAUAUCCAACUGCGGACCGAUCUGGAGUCGAUUCAGGAACGUGUUGAGAUUCGGACCUUCAUCCACUCGGGCAACAUCCGGGCAGCCAUUGAGAAGAUCAAUGAGCUGAAUCCUCAGAUCCUUGAUGAAAACCCGGCAUUGCAUUUUGCCCUCCUGCGCUUGCAACUGGUAGAACUAAUCCGUACUUGCACCUCCACUCCAGAUGGCGACAUUAGUCCUGCUCUGGAGUUCGCAACAACCCAGCUAGCACCCCGCGCUCCGACAAACCCACAGUUCCUUGAGGACUUGGAGCGGACGCUUGCUCUACUGAUAUUCCCCACCGACAACCUCUCCCCAUCCCUGGCUUCCCUUCUAGAUCCCAGCCUCCGUAAAGACAUCGCGCAGCGAGUCAACGAGGCCAUCCUUCAAAACCAGGGCUCUCGUAAAGAAGCGCGUCUGCGCAAUCUCGUCAAGCUUCGCGCUUUUGCCGAACACAAGGCCCGAGACGCCAAGAAGGAUAUCCCGGAUAAGCUGGACAUUGGCCUGCUCGGCGACAACGAUAAUAACCAGUCCCGUAACAGUAACGAUGCGGCCAACAAUGGGAGUAGCCAAAAUGGUUCCGGCGACACUGUGAUGGCCAAUAACGGCGAUGUCGAUACCAUGGUUGCGUGAGGCCUGCACAUCGCAGUGAAGAGUUCCUCCUGCAAACUUUUCUCCUAGCGCUCCUGUUGGGUCACUGCUUUUUUUUCUGCUUUUUCUGGGUCCUUUUUUAGCGAGGCGCUUCUGAGGCUUGUCUGGUCUGUUUGGCGUUAUGGCUACCCACUCAGGGCCGGGUACCUCGGGAUCGAGGUCAACUCAAUACAAAUACAUUUCUUCACAUUUACAACCCUCUUCUCACGUAUCUAUCUAUU